CAUGGCGGCGAUGAUGCUCGUUUGAAGAGUUCCGACGCGUUUUUACUCCUUUUAUUACAACAGAGCUUAAUCGUUUAACGGAUAACGACGACGAGUACAAUGGGCAACGCCGACACGAAGCUGAACUUCCGCAAGGCCGUAGUGCAAUUGACGUCGAAGACUCAGGUGAUCGAUGCGUCAGACGACACAUUUUGGGAUCAAUUUUGGUCCGAGAAUGUGACCAAUGUUCAGGACAUCUUCACUCUGAUUCCGGCCCCGGAGAUUCGUAUACUGAGAGAAGAAGCACCUUCCAACUUGGCGACAUUGUGUUACAAAGCAGUCGAGAAGUUAGUCAAGGCAGUAGACAGCAGCUGCAGGACUCAGCGAGAGCAUCAGACUGUCCUGAAUUGUUGUCGCUUACUCACACGUUUGUUACCUUACAUAUUCGAAGAUUCCGACUGGAAAGGCUUCUUCUGGUCCAGUUUGCCUGGGAAAGACAAUGAGGAAAGUCUGCCAUUGGCUCAUUCUCUGUUGAAUGCGCUCUGUGAUCUAUUGUUUUGUCCUGACUUUACCGUAGCUGCUAGCAGAAAAUCAGGGCCGGAUAAAGCCGAAGAGCUGCAGUCGAUAGACAGCUGCGAAUAUAUCUGGGAAGCAGGGGUGGGUUUCGCGUACUCACCACCCAGGUAUCCCAUUCUGGACUCGAACCGCACAGAAUUGCUGAAACUCCUGCUGACAUGCUUCAGCGAGACGAUGUACAAUCCGCCGGUGGAUUUGUCAGUCAUGCCGAACAGGUGGAUUCAACACUUAACCAGCAGCGAAAACAGACACGUAUUACCCAUGUUCACGUCGCUGCUGAACACGGUGUGCGCGUAUGAUCCGGUCGGUUACGGGGUGCCGUAUAAUCAUUUGCUGUUCACCGAUUCCCUGGAGCCGCUGGUGGACGUCGCACUGCAGAUUCUAAUCGUGACCUUGGAUCACGACACCACCGGCGGAGCACCGUUAGAGGAAGGCGCGGUUGGGGACAACCUGUUCAUCAAUUAUUUGAGUCGAAUUCAUCGCGAUGAAGAUUUCCAGUUUGUCCUGAAAGGUAUCACCAGGUUGUUGAACAAUCCGCUGAUGCAAACUUAUCUGCCGAACUCGACCAAGAAGGUGCACUUUCAUCAGGAGCUGUUGGUGUUUUUCUGGAAGAUGUGCGACUAUAACAAAAAGUUCCUGUAUUACGUGCUGAAGAGCUCGGACGUCUUGGAGGUUCUCGUGCCGAUACUUUACCACUUGAACGAUUCGCGCGCCGACCAAUCACGGGUAGGCUUGAUGCACAUCGGCGUGUUUAUCUUGCUUCUCUUGAGCGGGGAGCGCAAUUUCGGGGUGAGACUGAACAAGCCGUACACAGCUACCGUGCCUAUGGAUAUUCCCGUUUUUACAGGAACGCAUGCCGAUCUCUUAGUCACUGUAUUCCACAAAAUCAUCACGACCGGUCACCAGAGGCUGCAGCCGCUGUUCGACUGUCUGCUGACGAUCCUAGUGAACGUUUCGCCGUACUUGAAGACCCUGUCCAUGGUGGCGAGCACGAAGCUGUUGCAUUUGUUGGAGGCUUUCAGCACACCGUGGUUCCUGUUCUCGGCGCCCACUAAUCACCACUUGGUAUUCUUCCUGCUGGAGAUCUUCAACAAUAUUAUCCAAUAUCAGUUCGAUGGGAACAGCAACUUAGUGUAUACUAUAAUACGCAAGCGGCAGGUGUUCCACGCGCUUGCGAACCUGCCCAGCGACUGCAACACGAUCGCGAAGUCUCUCAGCAAGAGGCAGCGUCGCCAUGUGCCCGCCAGCACGUCCAACGAGAACGUCAGCGAAGCCGCGAUGGAAGGGUCGCAUCCCGCCCAACCCGCCGAGCCCGGCACUCUGAAAGCGUCCCUGUUGGAGACUCCGGGUAUCGAGAAGAUGACGGAGAAAGAAUCGGCGCAUCCGCUGAGCCCGGCGGCGAGCGUCGACAUCGACAAGUCCAUCAGCAAUCACGAGAGCAAGACGCUGGACGACGUGGAGGAGGACUCGGCGAACGCGAUCAAGAAUUCCGUGGUGCCGAAGGGAGGCAUUCGCGUGGCGGAGCAGGCGAACAAUUCCAACGUCAACAACGUCAACAACGUGAACCAAUGGGUGCCGUCCAGCGAUUGGGUGUAUCAGUGGAAGAGCAAGCUUCCUUUGCAGACCAUCAUGCGACUGCUUCAGGUGCUCGUGCCGCAGGUCGAGAAGAUCUGCAUCGACAAGGGACUGACGGACGAGAGCGAGAUUUUGAAAUUCCUGCAACAUGGUACCCUGGUCGGCCUGCUGCCGGUGCCGCAUCCUAUCCUUAUCAGGCGGUAUCAGGCUAAUCCUGGCACGACUGCGUGGUUCCGCACGUACAUGUGGGGCGUGAUAUAUCUGAGAAACGUCGAGCCACCCAUAUGGUACGACACGGAUGUCAAGCUGUUCGAGAUCCAGAGGGUUUAGACAGAGAAUGAUCGCCAGGGGUUCUCGUGUCGUUAUCGUUUCCGCCAAAUAUCGUUGCCGGCAGUGCACAGAGGCUGGCACCCAUCGGACACCAAUUCGUUAUCAUGUACGGUGAUGUUUAUCAGCGCCGUGUUCUGUGAACAUUAAUCGGCACAAUCGAGGGGUUCGACAACACGUCUUUUUCAAGUACUCGAGGAAAUUGAUUUAGAUUAAACUUUUUCUUUCUCUCUCUCUCUCUCUCUCUCUCUAUCUAUCUUUCUUCUUUCAGAUGUAAAUUAAAUAAUUAUUGUAAUAUAUGAUAAAUGGUAUAUAGCUUUAAGGCUAAAAUCUCUCGAGCUCGUGGAAAAGCAUGUUGGACUACCAGGAACCCUUCACAAUUCUGACGUCCAGCCGAUUUUUCGUCCUUCUGAGAAAUGGAGUUGAUUGUGUCAAGUCUUCGUCUUCGACUUUUCUCACUUUUCUCGUACUUUCGUCUCGUGCAAGUGCGCGCGAUUGGCUGUACGCAAAAUGAAAAUACGACAUCCCCGCUACACCGUUCAAAUGUCACGCGACGCGAAAAAUGUAUCGCAUUUUCAUCGUAAUGAAAAUUGCUCGGUCGAACGAGAACUCACUUUUGUAAUUCCCGCUGUUUCGAGACACACAAUCGCGACUCCCAGAACUGAGAACAAUUGACGAGAUACUUAUCGUUUGGAAAUUUCAGAAUUUCAGAAUUAAUAAUUUAAAUAAUUUCUUCAGAAGAUCGCGAGUAUUUUUGUUAAUCGAAUUCAUUUUAGACGGAUGUACGGGAGUGGAGAGAGACGGAAAAUCGGUUGGAUUUCGGUUAACUUCGACCAAUGUUCAAAGGAACGGCUCUGAACGAGAUAAAGAGCGAUAAACGCGGAUCCAGUCACUUCGUCUCUUCUUUGAUAAUUAUGUAUUUUUGACACGGCAGCCUCCGAAAUACUUUCAUCUCUGUGUUACAUACGUGCACUCCGUACAAGAUCGUAAAUAUGUGGCUCGCAAUCAGUAUCAUUUGAUUUAUUAUCAUUAUUAUUAUACUUCGAAGAGACUGUAAUUUCGUUUGUAUCAUAGUAAUAUAUAUACACUGUCAUUUGAUGGAGAAGACACGUCGUCGGUCUUGGAGAAAAAUUCACAAACCGUUUAUUGCAACUUACGACUUAUUUAUUAAUCUUUAUUAAUUUAUGACUUAUUGAUAUUACUUAAUGCUAAAAACCGAAAAACUUGAUCUCUGUGAACAAAAAUUCACAUCUUAAGUUUUACUUGCAAUUUCGCGUCUCGAUUGUAUCGUCGCUCAUAUCGUCUGUUCUGGAGAAGUUCUCGCUGGCUUUCUUCAAGACCGGCGAUAUUGCAAUACCGAUUAUCGUUAAUUAGAACUAGAGAACUCACCUUUCUCGCAACGUACGCGCGAAGCCACCUCACGAGGAGAGAUUUCUUUUUUAUUUGCUUUCGUCUCGUCGUCGCAUUUGCUUCAUGUACGACUUAAACACGCUUAUAUUUAUACCUUCAUCAAUCUCGCGGAUGAACUGUGCUGCGUCUUUCCUGCACGAACCCGCUCUUAUUAGCUGCGCUCUCUGCUCAUCCUUUAUUCUCCUUUAUUCUCUCUUCUCGGCGCGAGCCGGGACACUUGUUUCUAUCCUGUUCAUUCAGUCCAUCCAUAUUUCAUUUCAGGAGAGUGUAAGUAACAAGAACGGGGUCGGUGAGAACACUUUUUAGACAACACUUUGCGUGCGGCGAACCGACUGCGAUUUUCUUAAACUGUGACACGUAGGAAGAAACGGACUUUACUAGGUCCGUAUCUACUCUUUUCAGCUGCACUUUCUUACGCUUUCCGUAAUCCAAAGUAAAACAAACGUGUGUAUAUAUAUUAUAUAUGCGUUUGUUUUACUUUGGUAUCCACCGGGUAAGCACCGAUAUAUAUAUAUAUAUAUAUAUCGAGGCAGUAGAAUAAGAAAGAGGAAAGAAUUUCGAAGAGUGCGUGGAAACAAGAUCCAUAUUCUCCAAUGUUGCGCUUCUCAUGCGAAUAAAUAAAUUAUAUUUAUAACUUCAUGUGUGAGUCCUCCUCUUUUUUUUUUUUAAUCUUUCAUUAAUUUUAAUCUUGCAUUGAGGGAUGCACGUGGAGAAUGGAGAAUUUGUGUCUUGUUUCACUUACACUUUUCUCGAUUGAAAUGUGUCUAUUAAGUGCAGUUAAAAAGUACGAUGAAUUUUGUACAUCACGAUAAGGUUGCGAUACUUACAGUUACAAAGAACGUUCAAACGAGAUCUCACAUUAGUGUGUAUUAUAUGUAGCUAUCCUUAAAUAUACAGGGUUAUGAUGUAAGCGAUCAUUUUACAUGCGUACACGCACCACUCUUUCAACUCUCUCUCUCUCUCUCUCUCUCUCUCUCUUUCUCCCCAUUCACGCAUUCUCACUGAGAAAAAGAGAAAUACAAAAUCGUAUUAUGAUUUUACGCGACAACUCUCUUAGCUUUUUCUAAACACAUCUGUGUCAUUACAUGUUUGUAAAGUAUAAGUGAAACUUCGCGCGUGUGCUUCGUAUAUCGUGAGAAGUACGCGAUAUGCACCGUACAUACAGUGUUCGUUAAUGAGCGCAUUUGAUAAACAGAGAACACAAUCGCUUACUUUUUAACUUGUCUCUGCUCUCUCGGCUCAGACCGGAAUCAUCAGACAGUUAAGUCAAAUAGCCGGCCGAUUUUGCAUCCGAAUGAUCGCGCUCCACCUUUAACGUACUAGAGAUAUUACUCGUCUCACGCUAAAAUCGCAUUUUAUUCGUAAUAAAAUGUUGGUCCCACAGAUGGGACAUUCGUUUGGGAAAGAGCGAAUAGGUAUUUUUUUUCCUUUUUCGAGAAGAAACUAACGCACUACGUGCGUCAAACAUGCCGAUUAUCGAACACUCCGUAUUAUUAUCAGUUUGUCGUAAGUGACGACCGAGUCGUGCGUGCGUUUCGCGAAUUUUUGUCGACUCUAAUCGCACGCUUAAAUUUGUGCGCUUCUUUUCUUUCAUUCAUGCGAAUGGAUGUGUAUGUGUAUGAGUAUAUAUACGCGCGCGCAUGUCGUGUGUGUAUGCGUUUGAUAAAACACACACACUCUCUCUCUCUCUCUCUCCGCGCAUUUGUCAUUUUUAACGACAGUGUCGUUAUCAUAACGUUGUCGUUACGCAGGUAUAAUGCACGCUAACAAGUCCACUUAUUAGUAAUUUUGAAGAGGAAUUUCGCUAUAACGCACGCGUGAUUAUCGAUUUUUAUCGAUUUCCGUAACAGAGCAUUGUUAUCACCGCGUUUAGAAAACGAGCGAUACUGCGAAUGCUCAUACGUCUUGACUUGUUAGCGCGUUAGCGGAAUAAGAAAACCACAGUAGAAAAGCUACGCACCGACCACAACUUCACGAAGACGACAUUGUCGUUGAAAGUUGAACAGAACAUGGCUACUGCAGUAAAGACAGUCAAAGUAUUAUCGAACGGACGUAAGGAUCCAGCGACCUUCUGGAAGAAACACCUUUCGAUUCAACGACCGAUGCUGAAACGCGAGCGUCCGCGUGGAAAUCUUCGAAGUAAGGGAAAUCAGAAAUGCACCUCGACCACGAAAUCGCAAUUUAGGAGAGCGAGGUCGAUCGGAGUCGGAACGCGAGCGGAAGCGCACUCGCGUCAGCUGCCUGACUAAAAAAUGCGCCGAACGUCUUCGUCCAUUUUGAAUUCCCUUUGGCGAUACAAUUGGACCACUCGAGCCAAUAAUCACGACAGCCGAAUACAAAUCUCUGGCACUUUUAUUUGGCAUUUUCAGUUGAGCAGCUGUUGACGCGAAUCUGUGCGUCUUGGAGUGAAUACGCGCGAUUGGCUGUACGCGAUGUGAAAAUCACGGAUAUCCUUGGCGACAUCGUUUGAUGCCGUUCGGCACGAAGUUACUCGUCAAGUGAUCUCACUUGCAAGAUACAUCGCGUUUUUGUCAUGGUGAAAGUUACCCGAUCGAAUGAGAGUUCACUUUUCUAAUUCCCAUUGCGUUUUGUGAUAGAAAAUCGACCCCCUGGAUUCUAGCCUCGACUCGAGCUCCUCUCCUAAAGAGUCUAAAGCUAGUCGCAAGAUAAACUGAAGCGCAAACGAUUGGCUCGGCGGUUUGCAACGCGCUACGACCUAAACCUAGGUUAGAUAUAUCACACAGUCUCAUAUAAUGAUUACAGUGUAGAAGAUUAGAAUACACAGUUUCAUCCGCAUCAAAUGCAAAUUCGUUAGGUUAAUACACCCGCUUCCGAUUUGUAUCAACGCUCGCUAGAAAAUAAUGUUAUGCAAAUUUCUCUCA